GUGAUGUAACACGGCUACACACAUUGAUCUAACUGUAAAGUGUAACAACAUGCAUGCUGUGCUGGAGUUGGAGCCGAUUUCAGCACCGGAGCUGUCCGACACUGACGGAUGCUGCUGCCGCGUGAACCGAUGAUGCUGAGCACGAGCUGCUGAAAAUCCUCUCUCUCUCUCUCUCUCUCUCUCUCUCUCUCUCUCUCCUCUUCUCUCCCUCCUCGCUCCUCUCCUCCACACGCACAAAACGCUCUGUCAUGGCGUCUUCCAACCAUGUUACCCCCACCAACUGUAGCUGGUGGCCCAUCUCAGCGAUGGACGAGGACGGCAAAAUCACAGACGGGGAGGAGUGCGAAGAGCCGACGGCGGAGCCCAAACCCUUCAAUAAAGACAGGCUCGUUUUGUACCACUGGACGCAGUCUUUCACCUCCCAAAAGGUACGUCUAGUCAUUAAUGAGAAGGGUCUGGUCUGUGAGGAGAGGGAUGUGAGCUUGCCGCUGCAGGAGCACAAGGAGCCCUGGUUCAUGAGGCUGAAUCUGGGUGAGGAGGUGCCCGUCUUCCUCCAUGGGGACAACAUCAUCAGUGACUACAACCAGAUUAUAGAUUACCUGGAGAAAACCUUUGUGGGAGACACGGUGGCUCAGCUGAUUCCUGAUGCAGAUUCGCCUCUCCACGAGCGCGUGCAGCAGUACCGUCAGCUACUGGACGGUCUGCCCAUGGACGCUUACACACACGGAUGCAUCCUCCACCCAGAGCUCACCACAGACUCUAUGAUCCCAAAGUACGCCACCGCAGAAAUACGUAGACAUCUGGCCAAUGCUGCGACAGAGCUGAUGAAGUUGGAUCAUGAGGAGCCUCAGCUGACAGAACCGUACCUGUCCAAGCAGAAGAAGCUCAUGGCAAAAAUCUUGGACCACGAUAAUGUGAAUUACCUGAAGAAAAUUCUGGGGGAGUUAGCCAUGGUUCUAGAUCAAGUGGAGGCUGAACUGGAAAAAAGAAAACUAGAGUAUCAAGGUCAGAAAUGUGAGUUGUGGCUAUGUGGACCUGAAUUUACACUAGCUGAUGUCUGCCUCGGAGCCUUGUUGCACAGGCUCAAGUUCUUGGGACUUUCUAAGAAAUACUGGGAGGACGGCAGCCGACCCAACCUGCAGUCCUUUUUUGUGCGUGUGCAAAAACGCUACGCUUUCCGCAAGGUCUUGGGCGACAUCCACACGACCCUUCUGUCGGCAGUCCUACCCAACGCCUUCCGGAUGGUAAAAAAGAAGCCGCCGUCCUUCUUCGGGGCCUCUUUUCUCAUGGGCUCGCUGGGAGGGAUGGGCUACUUUGCCUACUGGUAUUUAAAAAAGAAAUACAUGUAGUGAAUGCCCUCUUGUUGUGUUAAAUGUCUGUGUAUUUGUGUGAUGUUUCAACUUUUCUGUAAUGUUUUAUGACUGCAGGAAAACAUAAUGAAUCUAUAUAGAGAACACUAUUACUUAUGGGUGAACAAAGAAUAUUAAAACAUUCCAUAAUAAGAAAUUCUUGACAGCACAUUUUCUGGUAAUCAAGGCCUUCAUCGAGUUUAAUUUGUGGUAACUCGCCGCUCUUGUGCCGACGAGUCCUUGUUUAACUUUUGUUGGAGGCAUGCAUCGGGUCCACUUAUACUGAAAAAGUAGAGACCCAGAGAAAAUGUUAAACACAGUAACACCGACAGGGGUUAACUGACCUUCGCAUGCCACUAUUAUAGCCAUUACUCAUACCUGCUCUUCACUCCUCCAUCAGCCUGAGGUUUAACCAGUAAAAACCACAGGAAAAUGUACAUGACAAAUACUCUCUGAUAAGUGCUGUGCUGCCAGAAACUGCCACAUGAAAUGAUGAAAGGAUGGAGGCAAACUUUAAGGGAAUAGCUCGACAUUUAGUUUAUUCACUUUCAUUCAGGAGAGGCGUUGAGAUCGAUACCACUCUCAUGUGUGUCGGUAAUAUGAAGCUACAGCGAGGAUAUGAGCGUAAAAGACUGGAAACGGGGGUAAACAGCCAACAUGGCACUGUCCAAAGAUUAAUAAAUCUGCCUACCAGCACCUCUAAUGCUUACUAAUGAACCUGUUAUAUUUCAUUUGUUUAAUUUGUACCAAAAAAAGCAUAAAAGUUAGUAUUUGUAGAUGCUGGUUGGCUGAUUUUGUCACCUUUGGAUGCAGCCAGACUAGCUGUUUCCAAGCCCCGGUUUAUGCCUCUUAUGUCUUCAUUUUCAAGUCACAGCUUCCAAUUUUAAGAAAAAUAUAUACGUUACUCAGAAACCCAGAGGGUUGUUUAACAGUUACUGCUGUUCUGUAGGUCUGCAUGCUAAAUAUGAAGCUCGAUCUCGCAGCUGGUUAGCUUAGCUUAACUGGAAACAAGGGGAAACAGAAGGCCCUAGUUUCCCCCAAGUGUUUCCACAAUGUCCAAAUACUCUUUUAACCAUCUGGAUGAAAGAAAUACGCCAUCUGUUGAACAAUAGAACACAUUUUUAAGUUGUGACUGUAAUCCAGGUAGCCAAAAAAGACUUGCUCUGUUUGUAAGUCACAAGCAGAGUGCAUUAUUUUGUAUGAAAAUAUCAAAUAUUGGGAAGAAACAUAUACAUAUAUUUUAAUUUUUGGUUCACAUUGUCCAAACUGAGGAAGGAUAUUCUGGCUACUAUCUUUAAUUGGAUUUAAAAAGAGGUGAUGGGUUUAAAAAUGUGUUUUCACUGUGCAGCAAACAUGGUUAAAAAUAGUUAGAAGAGUCUUUGAGGAUACAGGGAACAGCAAUAAGUGUUAUAAAAUAUAAAUAUAUUUUCAGGAAAAGCAGAUUGUUAGCAGUAAUAAAGUAACAGUAACAGAUGACAGGCAUAAACUGGGGCCACCUGUCUCCAGUCUUUAUGCUAAACUAAACUACCAGGCUGCUGACUGAGGCAUCAUAUUUACAGACAGACACGAGAGUGAUAAUCGAUCGUCUCGUCUGACUCUCUGCAACGAGUGCAUUUCCCAAAAUGUCGAGCUAUUCUUUUAACUAACUGUACACCCUACACACACACACACACACACACACACACACACACACACACACACAGACACUCGUGAGCUCAGAGUUUAUUUAGAGCACCACAGAUCACUCAGCACACACUGGUCCACUGUCACUCUCUUUGUCGCUGAGUUCAGACGUUACAAAUGUCGGGUGUUUGAAAAGUUACACUUGGCCGAACUUGUAGUAAAAACUGUAAAUUCUGCGUCUAUGGCACAAUCGUGUUGCAUUAGGUUUAGGAUGUAUAUUUCAUUGCAUGGGUUCUUUAUUAUUGUGUAAGCGUUUUUUUCGUGACGGGUGGACACUGAGGAUUUUUGUGUCGCCCAGAGGCAGAAUUUAUGAUCACUACCUGAACAUCAGAACCACAGAUUCCUGGCUAACUGUAACCUUUGAAGCACCUUCACUGUACAGUGUGUUGGAGAUGGUCCCUCAGCAAUACUGAGCAAGAAGAAUCACUGGAUUUCACUGCGGCUCGUUUGUCGCCGACUCCUCCUGACAGAUGCAAGAUUGUUUUUACAGAUAGAUAUUUUUAAUUAUACAUUGUCUCGUUUAUUUUACCAUGCUGAAUUUUUAAUGAGCUCAAAGGUUAAAUAAGGGGAACAGUGGAGGAGAAGCUGACUCAUCUGAAGGCUUAAAGGUGUAUGAAAAAGCCUUUUCCCUCCCGGCUAGCCUUGCCAGCUGUCUCGUUGUUUGUUGAUGCAGUAUACUUUUUCUCGCUCCCCACUCUGUUCCCCCUUAAUGGGAGCCUUUCUGCUUUUUCUUAGUCAGACCUCAAGGGUUUAACAUGUUUAUAAUUCUGCUCCUGAACCGUGCUUAACUCAUUAUGUGAGGUACAGGCUGGAGCUGUAAGCUGCUUUUUGGUUUUAUGGCUGGUUAUACAGACAUUCUUGCGGAAAGGACUCACAGUUCAGUGUUUCUUUCUGCCAUUAAGGAGAAUAGCUAUCAAACCUCAGAUAAUGAAGGUAAUUUAUGUGGGGGUUUUUUUUCUGUUCGGAUGCUCCCUGUUUUCUCUGCAGGUGGUGAUUAGCAGCACGCUGCAGCUGUGGCUGAUUAUGUUGAACCAAAGACGAUGAUCAAUGCUCCUUUAAUAGCAGCACCUCGUUGCUGCGUCACACCUGAUAAAAAAAUCUGAUUUUCAUUCAGAAAUAAUAUGUGAGAAAGUGUAGAGGCUGUAGUUCAUUGUGUCCAGUGUCAUGUUUGAUAUGGAGAGUGCAAUGAAGUCACAACUGUUUGGCAGCAAGGACGUGCACAAGGCUAAAGUCGAACCAAUUUGCCCUCUUUGGCUGAGCUGCCACUUUUGGAGGAAGUUAAACCUAAUUAAAUUGCCAUAUCAUCCAAACUUUAAUUACUUUUUGACACGUUUGCAUCGCACCAUAUAAUAUUUUGCAAUAUUACGCGAUAACAUGAACAUAUAAGCAAAGAUCCUAUAGCAAAACAUUGUGCGAUGUGAUGCAAACGUGACAAACCGCACAUUGUUCUGAAGCAUAUGUGCAGAUUUUUAUUCACAGGGAAUCCCAUUAAUCAUCUACGGGUUGCCCUUUUCUUCAGGUCAGAGCAAAAGCCCCUCGUAUUGUCUGUGCACGUCCCUGCAUUUAAGAUGUGCAUUAAAGGACACAAGGAGGUUUAUUUGUUCUCAAACUGUCCUCGCAUGAACAGCAGUGAUGUAAAUGGCACAAACCACAAGAUUUACAAAUAUAUACAUCUGAAUUAUUCCAAGUUUUGAAGCAAGCCAGACGACACAAAAGGUGUAAAGUACGAUUUCCUGUUGUGAUUUAAAUCAUAAAAUGUGCUUAUUUAUGUUGACUUUUCGAUGCUGAAACAUUCACUUAUUUUAUUCACUGACAAACAGCCGACGACAACGUCAAGAAACUUCAUAACCAGCCGAAUCAUUGUGAACGCUUGGUACAUUUUGAUUACUGCGAUCUUUUCCGACUCCACUGCUUCUUCUGACUGAAAUCACGCUACCUGACGGGUUUGGAUCUGUACUUCUGUACCGAACACACAAAGUCGAGAGAAAGUCGAGAAAUCCUAGUUGUGAUUUGUGGCCAUUAUAUUUCACUAUAGUAUUUUUUUAUUUUUUACUUUUUAUUUUUUAUAUUUCUAUAUAUGCAUUUAUUUAUGGUGCUUUUUAUGAUGUUUGUUCAUAAGCCUUAAUUUAUUCAGUUGCCAUCAAUGACAAAUAAAUAAUGAAAAUGGAA